UCUGAGUCUUGCUAAUGAUUGUGAGAGAAAGAGGGAGAGAGACAGAGCAAAGCAGAGAGAAAUCUGAGUGUGUCCUGGAGCAGUCGGAAAACUUGCACUGUGAAGACCUGCAGCCAUCUCUGCUUCUGUGAGGUUUAUGGGACAAGGGACCAAAGCAAAGAAGGCGGUCCAUACAGGAGGGAGAGGAAAACACAGGGGCUGAUAAGUAAGGUCCACUUUGUCUCCAUCUCUCUCUCCAUCAGCCUCUCGUUCAGCAUGGAGCCCAACAGCCCUAAGAAAAUUCAGUUUGCCGUUCCACUCUUCCAGAGCCAGUUGGAUCCCCAGGCAGCCGAGCAUAUUCGCAAACGCAGACCAACUCCAGCAACUUUGGUUAUCUACAAUGAGCCCAGUACAUCAGGAGAUGACAAGCAGACUACAAGCAAUCAAACAGAAGCCCAGAGUGCCCAGCUGUCUCCAGCCCAGAGGAAACAGAGCGUCUACACACCACCUACCAUGAGAGGUAGAGAGCACAGUGAUACCAAGCAAGAGGAACGAGAGAGUCAUCAUCCUCCAAAACUCUCUCAAAAACACCUGGACACACUGUCUGAGGAACCCGGAGACCUGUCACCACGACGCAAAGACACACCAUACCAGCACCAGCCACCCUUCGUCCCUGGGAUAAAGAUGCUGAAAAAUCAGACAGACCCUUCUUCACUUUUCCAGGAGGAAGAAGAGAACAGCGGGGAAUGGCAAGACAGUCAGAUGGAGUAACUGGUUGAUUUACAUGAGGAAGUGAUGUAAUUUAUAAUAGUGUAUGGGAACAGUACCCCCACCCCCCCACCCACCCCCAAGUUUGAAAGUACAUUUCACAGCCUUUUUUUAAAUAUAUUUGUGCAAUUUUAUCCCAAAACACUAAGAGGCUUUUUUUAAUAGUGAUCUCAAACUUUUUUUUUUUUUAUCCCUGCCAUACAUUCUCUGGUAUUGUGAUUUAUUUCAAAAUAUAUUAACUUUCAUGUAGUUGUGAUUCAUCAUGAGUUGUAAUAUGAAAGUGUAAGAAAACUCAUACUCUCCAGAUGAUUUAGCAAUACAUGGGGAGGAUUGCUAAGCCAAUCACAUCCUGCCAUGUUAUUUUUGAUCACCUCUUGUGGAAAGUGCUUGAGGCUUUGAUGAAACUUUCUCUGACAAGAAGCAAUAUUUUUGUAGGUACAGUAUAUGGCUGUUUUGUAUGCAGAUAUGACUCUGAAGUCCCACACAGCUGUUGUACAGCCCAAUGGCUCUUUGACAUGAGUGUCUGAAACGUGGGCAUUAUACAUGGAGUUAAAACUUGAUACUGUACAUGCUAACAUGGUUAGAGUAUUUUAGAUCUUCUGCAACAAACACACACACACAUUUUUUCCCCCAAAAAUAAUCAAUCUUCAUCAAUGUGUUAUAAUACUGUCAAAAAUAGGUUUUUACAAGAUGACAGAGCAAAUGUAGUAAAUGUAAAUGCUUUUGAACAUAUGCCCGCUCUUUAACAUCACUCUAUUAAUAUUUUUCUGAAACAAUAAAUCUGUAGUAAAUUUGA